AUGUUGAGGACCACGCUGGCCAUCCCAGCCAUACACUGUCCCUCAUGCGUGGAACACAUUCGCAGCCUGCUCAGCUCCCUCUCGCACCGAAUCGAAGCGAGCGUUUCGGUCUCUGGCAUCACAGCUUGUUCGGCUUCCUCGGCAAAGAAGCAAGGCCUGAGUGCGACGAAGCCGAUCGCAGAUGUCUCAGUCUCGCUCAUCGACAGCACUGUCUCCUUCACGCAUCCUGCUUGCCCGCAGAAAGCUCCAACGAGCUCCACUCUGGACAAGGCAUACGUCAUCAGUCUACUUAGCCAAGUGCACGACGCGCUUGGCGCAGAUGGGUACACUCCACAAGGAGCAGAGACGCGCGAGGUCGGCGCUCGUCCCAGCCACGGCAGGUCCCUCUCUCUACCAUGGCUCGACUCUGUGCAAGCUUUCGAUGCGGAUCUGCCUGUAAAUGCCACGACAUCGCCGUCCCCAGCUUUGCCCACCUCAUCUUCUUUCUCCGCAUCGCUAUCCAACUUGAGAUCACUGGUGAAUACCUUCCGUCAUGACACGGAGGGCAAACACAAAGGCAAUGCGGUCCGCACGGAGGAGCGCUGGAAGCGGCAUUUGGAGGCUUGUGUCGCUUGUCGAGCAGAGGCGCAGCAUACAGUCAAUCGAAGGCCAGGUCACACUGCGAGCUUCGAGACGCAAUCCUCCGACGGCCCGGAUGAGUCCCUUGGGCAACCUAGCGAGGCUUUCAACGUGACGCUAGCUGUAGGUGGCAUGAGUGCGUACACACGUCUGACUUCGUCCCUAUCGUGCUGCUCACGUCGUGACACGUAUUUACCCCUUAAAGCGUGCGCGAGCUGCACAAAUGCUGUCACUGCUGCAGCAGAAAGCCUCAACUCCCCUCACCUACCCGCUCGCGUGCGUGACUUUUCUGUGGAGCUCCUUUCCAACUCUGCCCGAGCUCGAGUGUCCAGCAAGAAAGAUGCUGAAGCGCUAAGAUCGGCCAUCGAAGACGCUGGUUAUGACGCGACGCUUGUGAGCAUCGCGUCUACUAGCUUAUCAAUGAACAAGCAGCAGUCGAGGCAGCACCCUACUCGCGAUCACUCGAGCGGUCCACCUGUAUGGCUAGCAAAUCUCGCGAUUGGCGGAAUGACGUGUGCAUCUUGCGUAGGCAACGUCACUGGGGUGGUAAAAGCGAGCGUAUCGGACAAGAUACUAAUCGAAUUCAACGUCUCGCUGCUCGAAAAUGGAGCGUCAGCGAAACUCCGUGCGGAUGACAAUAUCGAAGCGCAGAAAGUGGCGAAAGAGAUAUGCCGAGCGAUUCAAGACUCUGGCUAUGACGCGGAGCUCGCUGGUCUCGAGCUCGACGCCGCCCCUGAUGGGCAUCUGCCUCAUGAUGGCGUCUUGGAGAGGAGCGCCAGAAUACGUGUGGAUGGGAUGUUCUGCAAUCACUGCGUAAUUAAGGUCCAGCGUCAUCUUUCUGCCAUGAUGGAGGACUUUGGACCGGCCUUUAGCGUCGAGCAAGACGACGUGACUGCUUUCAGUCUUUCGCGACCGGUGAUCAGCGUCUGCUAUCUGCCCUCUCGAAAAUUGAAUCUGCGCUCCAUCAUCAAAGCUCUGCAGGAUUUGGAUCCAGCCUUUUCCGUAGAACACGUGCGAGCGCCAUCCUUGGCUUCUCGAAGCGCCAAAUUGGCCCGAAAGGAGCUGACAAAUUAUAUUGUCAGGCUCGCCAUAGCUUGCAUGUUUGUGCCGCCGACACUCGUGCUGGGUGUGAUCGCCCCGAUGCUGUCUUCACAUCAUCCCUUGCGGCACACUUUCGAUCGCCCAGUGUGGGGCGGCGCUUCUCUGGGUGAGGUGUCCCUGUGGCUCCUGGCCACGCCAGUCCAAUUCGGCGUAGGCUCGCUGUUCUACACUCGAUCCAUCAAGAGCUUCAAAAGUGUUUGGCGACCGGGUCGCAGCUGGUCAGAAAGGCUACUACGAUGGGGCAACAUGGAGGUCGGUCACAUUCUGGCUCUGUAACAGCUCAUUGUGCGCGAUUUCGAAUUGACUCGUCGUGCUCCUCUCAUCGCAGGUCCUCGUGGCACUCGGCACAUCCAUCUCUUACUUCGCUUCCCUCGGCUUCACGCUCGUCAAUGUGGUUCGCGGUGCAAGUGCGCCCAGUGGAGAGUCCAUGACGUUCUUCGACACCAGCGUCUUCCUCAUUGCUUUCAUCCUCUUGGGCAGGGUACUCGAGGCCUGGUCCAAGCGCAAGACUGGUGACUCUGUCGCUGCUUUGGGAGCCUUGCGCCCAUCAAAGGGACUCCUGGUGCUUUCAGACUGUGAGCCCCCCGAGAAUACUGGCGGCACCGAGGAGGUAGGCGUAGAAUUGCUCGAGGUGGGCGAUCUUGUGCUCGUGCCGACUGGCUCCUCGCCGCCUCUGGACAGCGUCCUAGUCAUCACAUCCGACUCACGCAGAGCAUUGUUCGACGAGUCUAGCUUGACAGGGGAAAGCUUGCCUGCUGUCAAAGGCGACGGCGACCAACUGUAUGCCGGAACUGUCAAUGUCAGCUCUCAUCCGGUAACGGCUCGCGUCACUGCCGUCGUUGGUGACCAGCUGCUCGAUGGGAUCCUCGACGUUGUUCGCAGCGCUUCGAGCCGCAAAGCUUCUCUUGAGCGCAUUGCUGAUCGAGUAACGAGCAUGUUCGUCCCGCUCAUCGUCUAUACUGCGGUGAUCGUGCUUUGCACGUGGCUUUUGCUGCUCAACUACGUGUUGUCGCCUGCUUGGAUUCAGAGCAUGGUCCCGCAUUCUGCAGAACCGGGAGCUCGGUUCAUAUUUGCCCUGCGCUUCGCCAUCAGCUUUGUCGUCGUUGCAUGUCCCUGUGGCAUCGGACUCGCCGCACCCACGGCACAAAUGGCCGGUAUUGGCCUCGCAAGCAAAUACGGUAUCCUGGCAAAUGGCGGCGGAGAAGCUUUUCAAUCGGCUUCUCAGUCAGGUGUGAGGAAGACGAUUGUGGUCUUCGACAAGACUGGAACUCUGACCGAGGGAGUAGGUCAGGUCGUUGACACCAUCACCCUUCCGUCGGAUGGGUCUCUGUCCGAGAAUAGAGUAUGGGCUGCCUUGGACAUUACCGAGCAAAACAGCUCGCAUCCUCUCGCCGAUGCGUUGCGUGAUCAUUGCGCCAAGUUUUCUACCGCCUCGGCAAAUAGCAAGAGCAGCCUCAAGCUGCGCGACGUUCAAGAGCUGUCGGGCAAAGGCCUACACGCACGUUUUGAUCUAGCAGAAGGCGACAUUCAGUCUUCGUUCGAGCUGUACGUUGGAAACAGACGUUUGUUAGGCGAAGCGGGUUGUGACCAGCUCUGCGCAGAGGUGAUGUCUACAGUGGAAAGCUGGCAGGCAAAAGCGUGGUCACCGGUCUUCGUGGCCAUCCGCAGCGAGAAGAAUGUAGCGAUACGAGCAGUGCUGGCAGUCGCAGAUCCCGUCCGGACCGAAGCGAAAGCCCUCGUGGCUUGGCUUCAUCGCCAAGCUAUCGAGCCUUGGAUUGUCAGCGGCGAUGCGGAGGCCGUCGCCAAAGCUGUGGGGGCCCAAAUCGGCAUUCGACCAGAGAACAUCGUCGCAGGCGUAUUACCGGCCGGUAAAGAGGAAACCAUCCGAAGGAUUCAAGAUGACGGUGGAGAAGGAGCAGGCAUAAAGGUGCGCCACAGUCGAAGCUGCAGUCGUGGUCCAUCGCGAGGAGCACUUGCUCCACUCGUAUUUUUUGUGGUGAGUCUCGGGAGGUUGAGGCUUGAGGGCUGGGGGGACUUUUCUUCUGAUCCCCUUCUUCUUCCUGCUUAGGGCGAUGGCAUCAACGACGCACCAGCAUUGACUGCAGCUGAUGUGGGCAUAGCCAUGGGCAGCGGCUCAGCCAUAGCCUCGACCAGCGCGGAUUUCAUUCUCCUCUCUCCCAAUGCUCCCCUCUCCUCCAUCCCGUCUCUCAUCUCUUUGAGUCGAGCAACGACCAACAAAGUGUUGCAGAACUUCGUUUGGGCCGCCGCCUUCAAUCUCACAUUGUUGCCCACUGCAGCGGGAAUUUUGAUGCCAUUGGGUGAGUAAUGCCAAGUCAUCUUCGAGAUUGGGGGCAAGACCUGUUCGGACUGCAGGGCUUGCCCGGCUUUCCGACCUGAUGGUGGAAUAGUCCAGCAUUAGUCCAGCACGGGCCAUGUUCAGGGUCAUGUUCAAAGAUCGCUCGCUUAUCCAGCCGUUCUUCCAUUGCUUUCCGCAGGUUUCGAGCUUCCCCCUUCUCUCAGUGGACUUGCGAUGGCGGUGUCAUCGACAUCUGUCGUUCUCAACGCCCUCACGCUCCGUCUUUGGAGGCCGCCGGCCGCUUUGGAGUCCUCCGAAACUACGCCAUUGCUACGAAGCUGA